CACCUCGGGGCUGUGUGGGGAGCAGCCCUGGUCCUAUGGGAUGCUGGCGGGCAGGGAAGGGGAAGGAAAGGAUGUGAAGAGUUUCCUCUGCCAAUUAACCCCAGCCUGUGGUCACCUCUCUGUGUAUUCUGGAUAAUUAAUGGCCCUUUCACCAUUGGAAUGUGGGGUUGGGGUAGAGGACAGAUGGCAGCUGGCCGUGCAGCUCGGGGUGCACUGUGUGGAUGUGCACAAGCAAGAGGUGGGCUCUGAUCCCAGCACAGAGACCCUACAGCCACGAACUGCAUGGGAACAGGAGGGGAUGCGGCCCGGUCCAGCCUGGCUGCGGUUGUUCCUGUUGGUCCCAUUAGUGCUGUCAUUAAAAUCCAGUUAAUCUCCUAUGCAAAGCAAAGGCAGUCAGGGCAGCCUUGCAGAGGGGCACAGCUGGACCCUUGUCCUUGUCCCCCAGCCCUCCCCUCCCGUUGUGUACUGGGGCUAAUUGGUGCAGGGUGCCCGUCUUUGCACCUUGUUAGCAUGGCUAUUAGCUCUCUUUACCCUCCUGAUUGCCCAUGUGCAUAUUUGACUCCAAUCCAUCUUUCCAGCCAGUUAUAAAUGCUGGGCUGGGGUUGCAGAGGGGAGUCUGGCUGGGGCUGGGACACAGAGCCAUGCUGGGCGCUGUGCUGCUGCUGCUGGCCUUGGCACGGCCGGCGUCCCCGGAGAGCCGCAGGGCUGAGGCUCUCAAGAAGCUGCUGGAAGUGUUUGGCAUGGAGGACCCCCCGCCGCCCCCAGCCCACGUCAAACAGCCGCCGCAGUACAUGGUGGAUCUGUUCAACGCGGUGGCCAACGCCGACGGCGUCACCAAAAACCCCGACGUCCUGGAGGGCAACACGGUCCGCAGCUUCCUGGAUAGAACUCACAGCGAGAAGAUGCGGUUCCUCUUUGUGCUCUCCAGCGUGGCCAAGAACGAGAAGAUCCUGACGGCGGAGCUGCACCUCUUCCGUCUGUGGCCGAGAGCCACUGAGGGGCCCAGGAGGCACCACUUCUGUCAGGUCAGCGUGUACCAAAUCCUGGACAAGACUGAGCCGGACUCCCCCGAAGGACAGAAGCUGCUGGCAUCCAGGCUGCUCUCACUGCAGGGCUCGGGCUGGGAGGUCUUUGCCAUCACGCAGGCUGUUCGGGAUUGGACCCAGGAUGAGAGCAGCAACCGAGGUUUGCUGGUGACGGUCCAUGGUCUGGGUGGGAGCCCACUCGAGGCCCCCACCGUGCAGUUUGCAUCCAGCGGGGACCACCAUGAGAGCAAGAAGCCCAUGCUGGUCCUGUUCACAGAUGAUGGGCGCCGAGGAGCAUCCCUGCCCAUGGCCGGAGUGCCAGCCUCCCAGCCUCGGGAUUUCCCUGCCAAGCUGACCGGCCCACGCAGCGCUCGCUCUGUGGACCGACUGCAGCCCUGCCAGAGGCACCCCCUGUCCGUGGACUUCGAGGAGAUCGGCUGGUCGGGGUGGAUCAUCUCACCCCGGGGUUACAACGCCUACCACUGCCGGGGCUCCUGCCCCUUCCCCCUGGGUGAGAACAUGCGGCCGACCAACCACGCCACUGUGCAGUCCAUCAUCAACGCCCUGAAGCUGAGCGAGGGCGUCAGCAGCCCCUGCUGUGUGCCCGACAAGCUCCACUCCAUCAACCUGCUCUACUUCGACGACGAUGAGAACGUGGUCCUCAAGCAGUACGACGAUAUGGUGGCUGGGAGCUGCGGCUGCCACUGAUGCAGAGACCUCCCCCCCCCUCCAUUGCAGAGCAGCUCUGCUGAGGGUGACCCUGUUGGUGCUGGGAAGGCUCAGGGUUGGACUCAGGGCUGAUUCUGUGCAGGUUUCCCUGCCUGCAGUGACUGUACCAUAUGUAUAUAGUGAGAGCACUAAUAUAUGGCCGAAAUCGGUGUCCUGUAAAUGCCUGUACAUUGCUGUGCUUUGUAAAAUGAACUCAGAGGAACUAUUAAACGUGCUGUUCUCA